CUCCCGAUCGGAUAUUAUUGUUUUGGACAGCUGAAUUUGCCCACUUGCCACUUGGGCCUAAUUUCAGUACUUUCAUCAAAAUUUUCUUACGAUAUUUACAGUAAAUAAGGUCUUUUAAAACACAUUCAAUCAAAUUCUUAACGAUUAUUAAAUAAAUUACGAUGCUAGUUAGCGAAAACAACACGAGAAAAUACUGGGAGCAGUCGACAAUGUUGGGUUCAGACUUGCGCCUUCGGGCUUGAAACAAAGAACCCUUUAUCAUUAUGGAUUUUGUGUUUGAUUGGGAUAACGAAGGGGAUAGAUUUUCAUUUGAUGACAGCGAUCGAUUUGACGAAGACUCCUUGUGUUCGUGGAUAAGCGAACCAGAAAGUCUUUGUCAGAAUUGGAGAGGUUGGAAAAGGCAAAAUGGGGGCCAACAACCGUCCAGUAUAACUAAGCCGCAGGAAGGGAAAAUCCCAUCAUUGGUAGAACUAGCUGCUCAAGCUGUGGCCUGUCACAUACCAUUUGAAGUUGUUGAACAUUUUCCACAGCCCAUUCCAGAUGAAGUACAGCUUAGGAUUGCAUUUUGGAGUUUUCCAGAAAAUGAAGAAGAUAUCAGAUUGUAUUCCUGUCUUGCAAAUGGCAGCGCUGAUGAAUUCCAGAAAGGGGAACAUUUAUAUAAAACCAAGUCGGUUAAAGAUGCCCUUCAAAUAGGUUUCCAUUUGAGUGCAACAUUAACUCCACCACCAGUUAUGGCACAGAAUAAAGGAAGUUUUCAAGUAGCUGUUGUGUUUGAUAGGAGAAGAAUAUCAUCUUGUACAUGUACAUGUAAUGGAGCAUCUUGGUGUUCACAUGUGGUAGCACUAUGUUUGUACAGAAUUCAUCAGGCAAAUGCUGUAACACUGAGGGCACCUGUUUCUGAGUCUUUAUCAAGAUUACAGAGAGAUCAGUUGCAAAAGUUUGCACAAUAUCUUAUUAGUGAAUUACCACAGCAGAUUUUGCCAACAGCUCAGAGACUUCUUGAUGAACUGUUAUCUUCACAGAAAGCUGCCAUCAAUACAGUCAGAGGGGCACCAGAUCCUACAGCAGGACCAUCAGCCAAUGAACAGACAUCCUGGUGUCUUGAUGAAGCAACACUUCAUGAAAAUGUCAAGAAGACUCUUGUCAAGUUCUGUGUUCCAUCACCAAUGGUGUUCAGUGAUGUCAACUAUUUGUCUGCCACUGCUCCUCCUGCUGCAGCAGAAUGGCAGAGUUUACUGAGACCAUUACGAGGAAGGGAACCAGAGGGAAUGUGGAAUCUGUUAUCCAUUGUCAGGGAAAUGUUUAGAAGAAAUGAUACUAAUGCCAUUCCUCUUCUUGAAAUUAUAACUGAUGAAGUUUUACAAUGUGAACAGAUCCUUAUUUGGUGGUUUACAACAAAAACCUCUCCAAACAGCAAUAAUUCCCGGGGGAAUGGAACUAAUGGAGCCAAUGCAACCCAGCAUGCUGCCUCUAGUCUUUGUGACGAAAUCGUCACAUUAUGGCGGCUUGCUGCUCUAAAUCCAAAAUUGUCACCAAUACAGCGUGAUGACCUUUGUACAAAGUUCAAAGAAUGGCACAUAUCAACAGUAGAAAAAGUCAAAUCAGCCAGAGGUACGAAUGUUAGUGGUGCAGCAAAUAAUUUGAAGAAAAAUGACUUUGAUAUAUUUGUUGGUUUCAGACCUGGUAUUGAGGCCUGUGGUCUGACCUGGGAUGACUAUAGAAUUCCAGGUGUCACAUACUCAGAAAAUGAGAGUUUUAAUCUUCAUUAUAGAUUUAACAAAUGUCAUGACAGUGAAAAGAAACGAUCUCGUAUACAACCUGUUUCAGUGUGUUCAGAAAACUUAAUCAGUACUGAUAAUAACACUACGCUUGCUCAAGCUCACAACAUAUUACAGGAUCAUCAUUCAAGCAGCUUUCCUAGUCGACAAAAUUCUAGUCCAAGAGAUUCUGUAACAAAUGACGGAGCAUUAAGUUCUGGUUCAGAGGGUUUCUGCGAACCAGAGAGGAGUAGCUCAUUAUUUAGAGGAGAUUCUGAUUCUGGCUCUGAAAUGAAAGAAGUUAAUUCUCGUAGCAAUUCAUAUGAAGAACAAGAUAUGCAUAAUUAUGUCAAUCAUCCUUUAGUUUCCAAUGGAUUUAGUAUUCCACCACCUAAUAGUAGAUUUAAUCCCGAUAUAUAUGUAAACAGUCCAAACGAGUUAGAAAUAGGAUCUUUUCCAAUAUCAGAGUCAGUAACUGUAAAAGAAGGUUCUUCUGAAUCUCAGCAGUCUGGUGAUGAAGGACAAGUGUUUUUACCAGGCAGUUCUGCUGAUAAAAAAGUCAAUGAAGGGGAGUCUGAAGUUUCUCAGGGUUUAACAGAAGAAAAUUUCCAGGAUACUUUGUUUGCCAGAGCAGAAGCAUUACAUGCACAUGGUCAUACAAGAGAGGCUUGUAGACUGGCUCAAAGGCUUGCGGAAGAAUUAUUGACAAAUCCACCAGAUCUCUUAGCAGAAACUGCAAAUCUUCCUUUAGUGAAAGGUAAAAAGAAGAAGGCUCUCACAAAUAUAAGUUUAUUAGCCAGUUCAACAUUAUCUAAGGCUGCAUUCUUAUGUAGCGUCCUGACUGAAGAAUUAGAAUGUUAUCAUUUAGCAUUCAAAGUUGGAAUAUUUGGACUUGAAAUGCCAAGACCACCAGCAUCUUGUAAAUCACUUGAGGUAAAAUUGGCUUAUCAAGAAUCUGAGCUCAUUGGUCUUCUGAAGAAGAUUCCAUUAGGACCUGCAGAAUUAAAUGCACUAAGAGAAAGGGCAGAACAGCUUCGUGAUGGAACUCUCAAGUCAAGAGGAGAUGCUUUACUUCCCCUCACACUUGCCAGUUUUAUCUUCGACUCACUAUGUUUACCUGUAUUCCCUGUUGGUAGUACUAAUAGUCGUCCACCAAGCAGGUCAGUUCAAGUCACGACCAGGCUGCCGGGAGAUGAGAAGUUAGGAUUUGAAGGUGCUGUUGCUGCAUUAGGUAUGAAAGCAAAUGUAUCUGAAGCUGAACACCCAUUGUUAUGUGAAAGUACAAGAAGACAAAGGGGAGAACUAGCUAUAGCUAUGCUUGUUCAGUAUAAAGAUGACAUGUCCAAAUUAAGCAAGAUAAUGGAAAAGUUACUAGACAAAGAAGUACACCAGUCCUUCAAAGCCCCAAGUUUAGUUGAUUUACUUGGUAGUAGAUCUCCGUGUUCUCAGCCAGCAGUUCCUCUUGCAUCACCAGCUACUACCACGACAAAUCCUGUAUCACCAUAUCAUCAGAUGCCAAGUGGUUCAUCAGCAUCACCUAGGAUGGACCAUCCUCCACGCCAUGAAGAACCACUGGCUAGACAUCCCAACCCUCCUGUUGCAGGUGUUGGAGCAAGGCCUAAAAUUACAUAUCCUAGAAGGUGUAACAGUGGUAAAGAUACAGACAGUUCCACUGUUGAAGAAGAGGAUAACUUCAGAGCUUUGGAAGCCAAGUUAAGGUGUAUGGCGAUCAAAAAGAAACCAUCACAAGGUAUGGCUAGUAUAGACAGCAGCGCACCUGAAACAACUUCUAGUGAUAACUCACCAACAUUAGUGCGACGCCCAUUUCCUAAACAUCAGGGACCUGGGAGCGAUUGUGGCAGUAGUGGUGACAGUGACUCACUAGGUUCCAGUAGCUCAGGAGAGAAGGGAAACAGGGUUAAAAUCAGGGACAAUGAAAGCCCACCUAGUCAACUUGUAAACAGAGUAUUACCAGUCCAAGUUUUACAGGAUAGAAGCCUAACACCUUCAACAUCUAAUGUAAAAAAUACAAGAUUCAAGGGUAAAAAUCGCAUCAUGCCAACACUGCCUAAUCAACCAAGUGAAGCCUCUGCCCAUUUCAUGUUUGAGUUAUCAAAGACAGUACUUGCUAAAGCUGGAGGGAAUAGUUCUACAUCAUUGUUUACACAACCUUCUAAUAAUAAUCAACCUACAGGUCCACAUCGCAACCUUCAUUUAUGUGCAUUCCAGAUUGGACUAUAUGCUCUGGGACUGAAUAACUGUGUAUCACCAAACUGGCUUUCCAGGACAUACUCCUCACAUGUUUCAUGGAUAUCAGGUCAAGCAAUGGAGAUAGGAACUGCUGCUAUUAAUAUCCUAAUAGAAACAUGGGAAGGGCAUCUAACUCCACCAGAAGCUGCUUCUUUGGCUGACAAGGCUGCAAGAGGUCGUGACCCUAACAUGGUUAGAGCGGCUGCAGAAUUAGCUUUAUCAUGCCUACCUCAAGCACAGGCUCUGAAUCCAUCAGAAGUUCAGAGAGCAUUGUUCCAGUGCAAAGAACAGAGUAGAGAUAUGCUAGAAAAGGCCUGUCUAGCUGUGGAAGGUGCAGCAAAGGGAGGUGGCGUUUAUCCUGAAGUCUUGUUUGAUGUUGCCAGACAAUGGUUUGAAUUAUCAGAAGAGGCUGCUCAAUCCAAUAAUAACUCAGAUGGUCAAAAAAGGAACUCAGCCAAUGUUGAGAAUAAGGAAGUUCAUUCUAUGUCAGUAGCUCAAACAGAACGUUGCAGUCCAGCUACUCUACCAAUUAUUCCAUUCAGUUCACCUUCACCACAUAAUGCAGUCACAGUAGCCAAUGCCACAAUGGCACAUAAUAAUCAUAUGCCUCAACAACCAUUGGUUUUAUCAUACGCAACUUUACCACCCCAGCCAGCGCCUCAUCAGAUGCCACACCAAGCCUUUGUCCAGCAUUACAGUUACGUCCAACAAAUCCCACCAUUUAGUACCCAGCUUCAUCAUCAGCACAUCCCCAUCCAUCCAUAUGUCACCACUCUUACAUAUCAGGGUCAACAUAUAGGUAUACCAAACACUACACAAGGAAUGUAUCCCCAUGGAGCAAUGCCUGUCAGACAGCUAGGACCAGCUAUACAAGUGUUUCCUAGUCACACUCAGUGCCAAUUAAGUACUGUUGUACAGUCACCACCAUCCUCCUCAGCGAACGGACAAUCUAUGCAUCCUCUCGACCACGAUACAGAUUCUCCUAGUCCUCCUCAUGUUCAUCCCAACGGUCAUCACAACCAAGCUCAACUCAAUUAUCUCAAUGCUGCCUUCCGUACAGGAAUGUUAGCCAUGGAAACCUUAGCUAGACGUGUACAUGAUGAUAGACCACAGGCAAAGUAUGCAAGGAAUCCACCUUAUGGAGAAGAUGUGAAAUGGCUGUUGAAUAUUGCUGUAAAACUAGGUACAAACUACAUUCAGCAGUUUUGUAUGAGUUCAGUGAAUGCUGUAGUGAGUCCAUUUGUAUUGUAUGACAUAGCCAUUGAAGCUGCACAUGUGUUGGCCAGGAACAACCCAACCAUUGCACAGAACCAUCUUAGAUCCACCAUACUUAAUCCUAUCAUACAGAAAUGUACACAAAUGUUCAUACAAUGUGCUCAUCAACGUAUACACCAUAUCAAUCAAGCAGAUUAUGACGACUUUGUCAGUACAAUUUGCAGUGCAAGAAAUGCUUUUUGUUUGACUCAAGGAGGCAUGAUACAAUUUCAAGAACUUCUCCAAAGUCUUAGGCGAUCCAAAUCUUGUCGUAAAGAGUUAUGGACAAGAAUUGUGAAUGGACUGGCAACAGGGAAUGUUUGAUAUUGGCAUUGAAUAGAAUUUAUAAAAAAAUCAGGUUCCCAUAAUGUUUAUUUUUUGACAGUUCUUUGUUUCAUCUUAUCAUGCUUAUAGACCUAUAAAAUACACUUUAUUUUUUGCCAUGAUUGUAAGUUUGUACAUGUUUUAUUAGUCUAUGUUAAUUAUUUAAAUUUUUUGUUUUAUUUAUACAAAUGUUAGACAUUAUUGUGUUUAUUUUUUCCUUUUUUUCUUAAUCAUUUAAAUGUUCUCAUUAAAAUGCAUUAUAAAGUGUACGAUUCAAGUAAGUCUAUCAACAUGUCAAUUUUUACAUUUUCUAGUUUUAUGUUGAGAAGUAAAUUUGGUCCACAAAUAGUAAACCUGUAAUAAAUUAUGCAUUGGCUUUAAACAUUUUUUUUUUGGUUUAGAACAUUUUCAAAGUUCUAAAUAAGAAAAAAUAGGAUUUAAAACUUUUUCCCCCCAGUUUUAUGCAAAAUAUAUACAAUGGUGCAUAGUUUAGAACCGAAUGAUAAAAACUUACUUCCAAAGAAAGCAUUCCAAAUAAUUUUUGAAAUUCAUUAAACAGAAAAGAAAAUUAUGCAGUUCAAGACUGAUCUUUUGUAUUUCUUUUUGAUAAAAAUAAUAAUGACUUAAUGUAAUGUUUCUACAAUUUAUAUGUAUACUUGUUAUUUGAAUGUCAUAUUUAUAAUUCUGUGUAUAAGUUUGUGUUGCUGAAGGAUUUUAUAUGUGAAAAAGAAAAGAAAAAUAGAAAAAUAAAAUAAUGAAAAAAUAUUGUUAAUUGAAAAAGUCCAAUAAACAACAGUACUGGAAGUGAAUGUUGUAAUGAGUUUACUGAUGCAAAUCUUUGUCUGAUAUACCAGGCCUUGAGAUGAGAAUGGUAUAAUUUAACUAAACAACCCUGUAUACCAAUGGUCUCCUUAUCAGAAAAUCUUGAAACAAAAUGAUUUGGGUACUGGUUCAUAUGUAGAUUGUGAUUGGCUUUUGAAUUUGAUUGAAUAAAAUGUAUUACAAUUACAACAUACAGGUCACAAUUGCCAACUUAACAAGAAAUUACUUCUUGAUAUUAAUAUGCCUUGGUAUUCUUAGCUUCAUUCUUUAUAAUAUAUAAACAAGAAUUUUUAUUCACAAUAUGAAACUAAUUAGUUAAGAAUACAUUAAGUAUGAUGUCUUUGGCAUAGGUUAAAUUUCCUACCUUAAAGAAAUUCUGCAAUGACGUCUACCUUUUUAAUCUUUUUCUUUAAAUAUGAACUGUAUAUAUGGUCAUUUAAGAGUGUUCAGAAUGGUAAUAUUGUGAAAUUUUUGUUACCUUUGAUAUAAGUUCUAUUUCUUCUUUCCUAGAAACUUCUCUAACAAUGAUAAAAAUCUCAAUUAGUAUGUUGUAUAUUAUUGAAACAUUUUUAUUUCCGCGUAUUUAUGAUUUUAUGUCAUAUUUUUAUCACUUUAUACCAACUUCUCGUGUUGUGUAAUAUACGUCUUCCACAGAUUAAAGUAUAUAUAUAUAUAUAUAUAUGUGUAUAGAAAAUAAUAUUUAUUAAAAUAUAUAAGUAUAGGCUUUCACUCGUCCUGCUUUCCUGCUUUUAUUAUAGAACAGUAAGAUUUGAUUAGAUAAUAGAUUAUCUAAAAUAUUUUUUUGCCUAAGUGUAGAUUAAACUAAAAUAUUUCCAUAACUAACAAUGUUAUUCAGUAAAAAGCUAGGUCAUUUAUAUGCAAAAGAAGUUUUAUUUGGAAACUUGAUGGCUAUCUAGUCAAGAAAACCAGAUGAUAUUUAUACAUUAAGUAGUAUACAGUUAAAUUCUACGGGAAACAUAACAAUUACUCUUGGUCAACCAUACACGAUUACUGUUUUGCUUUAGCUAUUCCAUCAAUUGGUCAUGUGUCAAUGACCUUCACAGGCUUCAGAUAUGAGAUGGAGUUUUGUAAACUGUUUUUCAAGUAAUUUUUUGUGCUUGCUCCUAUUUUCUUUCACAAUUAAGUUACAUGCCUUCAAAUUCCAUAAAUAUCAAUCUUCUAAAACAAACAUAUUGAUUAUACUUUAUAAACAAUGAACCUUUGAGCAUGUUCAGAUUUUAUUUUCUAUCAAAAUAAUAACUUCUUUCUAAAACAACUAAACCUUCCUUGAUUAUGUUAAUCUUUUGAUAAUAUACCAAAAUGGCAAGUUGUUUGUUUAAACAUUAGUUAAUAGAAACCUGAUGGACAAAAAGAAAAAUAUGGUAGCAAAAUCUUCUUUAUAGUUUUGAACUAUUUCACUAUCUUUCUGUUAAUACUCAUUUAUUUGAAUGCUACAAUGACCUAUACUAAUAACCCUAUUUCAUUUGAACCCGGGUGGAGAGUCAUCUCAUAGGCAAUUAUACCACAUCUUCUUACUUUUGUUUAAAGAUAAGUUCAAUAAAGAUACAAGUUGAAAGUGCCAUGAUAUCAACAUUCCGUUUAAAUGUAGUUAUAGAAGUUUAGAUUUAACUUGGUAGAAGAUUUUAAUUAAAGAGCAAAUGAAUUCAUAAAAAUAUUUUAAAAAGUUUGACAAACAAAAGAUAGAAUAGUUAACACAAAGAUGUGAUUGUAUAUGAACAGAUCUAGUCUGUGCUGUGUCAGUCUAAUAUUGUAAGCUAAUGAAAAAUUAAAUUAUUUCAUAUUUCGAUUGUGUCAGUUUAAUCAUGUCAUCUAUUGCAUCAAAUUAUCACAGCAUUAUCACAAAUGAAAUUGUUGAAUCUAGUGAAUAUACUAUUUUCAGUUGUAAAGUCUUGAUUUAUUCUAUACAUUUUAGAGGUCCUUUUAUAGAUAAAUUUGUGUUGAAUUAAUCUGAAAAUUAUCAUAGAACAUGAACAUUUAUCCCCAAAAUGGUAAACUUCUUGACAACGAAGGUAGACUUUUUCACAUUAUGUUUAUUACAUUUUUUCAUUAUUUGCUAAAACAGUGUUCCCUUUUUCAUAUUUUUAAAUUGUUGUAAAUAUUCAUUUUUUUGGGGAAAUCUGUAUUUCAUUUCAUCUAAUCACAGGAUGAUGGGACUUUGCACAUCUGCUCAAAAUAUUAAACUUCAUAACUACUGAUACAAAUAUACAGAAGUCAUAAGUAUGACAGUUUGUAUAAAUGUAUAUGAGAGAAGAGUGUAGGAUUUCUAAAAUUAGUAUAGAUUAAACAAAGUUUGGUAGUUUAAGAAACAAAAAAAUAUCAAAUUUUGUUAAUUACAUUUGUGUGAGUAUAAAAGUAAAACCAUAACAGUUAUUUACAAGCAGUUUUAGGUGAGUUAACUAAAAUCAAAUUUUCAUUCAUGGUAAUUUAUUCACCUGUCAUGACAUGAGAAAAAAGAUGGAAGAUUUAUAGAUUAGCAUAGAAAUUAGCAAAAUUUUAUUUAUUAUAGCCAAACAAUAUCACAUGCAAUCACUAUGAAUAUGUUUUCAUCACAAUCAUAAGCCAUUGAAAUGUUUGCAUCAUUGAUUUACCCAACUGACAGCUGUGUUCAUAUGGAAAGUUUAGAACUUGUUUCCCCCUAAUUGUCUAUUUUCCCCCUAAUAUAAGACAAGUAUUCAAAAUCAAGUUUCUGCAACAAUUACAUGGAUUGUAAUAUAUCAACACAUUUAAUAUAUACAUUUGUGUAUUUAAUGGAAUAUUUAAUUUACACACACUGAAAUACCUCAAGAAUAAGUGGUUUGAACUUUAUUGAAUAGUUUUGCCUUUCAAAACUAUUUAUAAUUUAUUUUGUUUUCAAAGUUUAACUAGAAAAUUUAGCAUAAAAAUAAUCUAUAUAAUAGUCCACUUCCACUUUCUAAAUCAUCAUUUUUCUUCUUUAAAUUAUUGUGCUUGAACUUUCUUUAUAGACAGCUUCAAUCAGAAGACAUGUUUAUACCAUGCCUUCAUCAAGCAACAUGUUUAUUUACCUUUGUUUGUCUAUCUCUGCUUUUGUUAUCAAAUUUCUCUUUAGUAAUAUUUGAUUUAUUUAUAUGGGUGUUAAAUUUUUCUUGAAAAAUAUGUAUGAAUGAUAUUCCCACACUGCAGUUAUGUAUAGCACUGUUUUUCAUAUUCACUUCUACUGUUACUUUUAACUGUUUAGGUGUAUACAGUUUCUUAACAAUCUUUGUUUUAUAUUUUAAUGUACACCACUUUAGUCCUCUGUCAUGGUACAACAUUAUCCAGUAACAUAUAAGUCACUAUAAAUAUUAGUGUAAUUUAGGAUAUUCAUUCACCAUCUAGGAUAUGAAGAAUAUUCCUGAAAUUCUUUCAGUCAAUUGUUGACUCUUUAAUAUUAUUUUCAUAUGAUGAAAGGGAAAAGGAAAAAUUUGAAAAGAUCAGUUUAAAUGAAAUAUAAGUAAAUAUUACAAUAUAUGACAACAAUUCUUGUGAGCUGUUACUGAUAAUUGAUUAAUUAUAGUGUGAAAAGUUAUGUACUUUCCAAUAGAUGUUUUCCCUUACUCCUCUUAAAAAAAAAAUCAGAAAAAAGCGAACCAUCUAUAUCUAUCUCUAUUUAUUUAUUGAUUAUUAUAUUAUAAGUAAUGUUUUAAAUAAAACUGUAAAUAGAAAAUGUUAAGUCACAUGAUAAAGUAUUCUUAUGAGUAAAAUUUCAUGUUCUUUUGGCUCCGACAUCUUGUCCCAGAGUUCUUUAUAUAUACAUAGAAUUGAUCAAGAUUUUAGCAUCAAAUCAUAUGUUAACAAAAAAAGAAUGAGACUUUCAUACCUUAGGAAUUGUAUAUAAUAUUCAGCGAGGUCAUGUCAGUUUUACCUUGUCAAUAAUUCAUUAUUCCUCAACAGGAAAUUACUGUUGUAUCACCAUUUAUAAGAACUGAAAUAUCAUGAAAAGCGUAAAAAAGAAUGUUUUGAACAGCAAAGAGAUAUAAGUUAAAUGACACCAUCAUUACUGCUGAUUUGGUCUUCAUAGAGAAAGCUAUUUUGAACUUAGUUAUUGCAUGUGACAAUUAUUGUAAUGAAUUAUUGAAAGAAUAACAAAUAAACAAAUGUGAUUAACUCUAACAGCAUAUGUGAACGUAUGGUUAGUAAUUAGCAGAGCAUUCAAAAUUACCAAACAUUUAUACUUUGUAAUUGCUGUUUUCUGCAUUUGUAGGGUAACAUCCAGUUUCUUUAUUGCAAUUAUCCAUAUAAUAAUGCAUAAUAAUAAGAAUUAUAUUUAUUCAAAAAUCAAAUACUGCUUAUUGACGUUUAACUACUGUUGGAGCAUUUUCUGUUAUACCCAUAAUUGCCUUCAUAUUUUAAUUAAUUGUAACCUUUUCAUUUGAAGUAAAUAGGAAGUGUUGCCAAAGACGGUGAACAGCAGUACAGAAUAAUUCAUAUUAAAAAUUUAAACAAACUAUUUUUUUGUAUUAGUCCAGUCAUCAAUAUGUGAAAUUAAAAACACAUUAAGAACCUUGUAAAGUUGUAAGAUUGUAUGAAAAGGAAAAACAGAUUUGCACAGCCUUAGACAUUCAUAUAAAAAUGUGACCAUACCAUAACAAAUGUAUCAUGAUUGUAUUAAAGAAACAUCUGAGUGAAAAUGCUUGUAUUUUAUGUGUGAAAUAAGUUAAAUAUUCAUUCUAAAAGUAUUUAUAAAUAUCUAUACAUACAUUUUAUAUUUUCAAGUGCCAGUUUGUAACUGGUCUGUGAAUGUUAGAGCUCUUGUCAUAUUUGUUACCAGCAUUCUUUAUAUAGCAUUAUUAACAACAGAAUAAAUUAUGCAAAGGUAUGGAGGUAUGAAUGCCAGACAUCAACAAAAUAAAUGAUAUUAUGAAAA